CCUCACCCCCACCCCAAACACGCAUACACGUACACACACUGGCGUGUUAUUGCAUGAAUCACGGUGCUCUAAAAGCAUGUUCUUUUCCAGGAUGAGGGACCAUGGAGGACUGGACAAGACCCUGGUGAAAGAGCUGAAGUCCUGCUGUGCACAGGAGGGCAACUUCCUUCCCAGCAAGUCUGGUUUGAAGAUGAUGGAGUCCUCUGAAAGUGCCGUGUCGGCAAAAUGCAGAGACAACAGAGUAGAGGAGCUGUGGGGUCUGACCAGCUUCUUCGGCUACAGCACUCAAACCUUUGUCCGAGCCGUCAAUCUGUUCGAUCGAUAUCUCACCCUCACAAAGGCUCAGCCCAAAAACGUGCCGCGCGUGUCCGUGUGCUGCCUCCACUUGGCGGCCGGCGCCACCGAGGCGGCCAAAGACGUGGCGCCCAGCCAGGAGCUCAUCCGCAUCAGUCACAGCAAGUUCACCGCGUCGGAUCUGCGUCGCACGGAGAGCGUCGUGUCCCAGAAGCUCCGCCCUGAGAGCCCAGCGGUCACCGCCUUCACCUUUCUGCAACUCUACUACUCGGCUGUGAGCGCCGUGUGCCGCGAUGAGGGGAUAAACAUUCCGAGCAUCGUGAAGCUGGAAGCUCACCUGAAAGCCUGCUUGUGUCGACUUGUUUUCUCCAAAGCAAAAUCGUCCGUGCUGGCCCUCGCCCUCGUCACCCACGAGUUUGAAACCCUGCAGUGUGCCGCCGCGUCCAAGAUGCUACGGCAGCUGCGAAGACUUACAAAGGUGGGCGACAGCGAUCUGCGGCAGUGGCGGCAGCUGGUGGCUACGCGCAUGACGGAGUACCACUCGGCUCGGUGCCACAAGCCCGACAGCAGGAAGCUGGUGUGGGUCUUGUCCAGUAGGACGGCGCAGAGUCUGAACACCUCCCACUGCGCCGCCCCCCGUCUGCCCUCCAUUCCCGAGGACGCCUGCGACCACAGACUAAGUGAGGAGGACGUGAGUAGCGGUGAAGAGAGUCCGUGCGGUUCUCUGGGCAGUGCCGGUGAAGGGUCCUUCUUCCCUGACUACGAUUCGUGACUCGGAACCACCUCUUUCUUUCUUUCUACGCAAACUUUGACUUGCUUCUCGCUUAGCGAACUUAUCUCAUCUAUGCAAAAAAAAAAAAAAAUGUUGGCAGCUCCUUGUUGGCUUUGAGUCCGCGCCAGACACCUUUU